GUCGACGGGUGGGAGGAGCGUCAUCAUCAUCAUCAUCGUCGUCGUCACUCCGCCUGGAGGACGCAGAGAUGCGGCGAGGACCCGGCCAGACCAGUCGAUAGCGGUGCAAGUGGACAGGAGAUGCAACAUUGCGGAUGUUCGUGCGUCGGCCAUUAGACGGCGUGGCAGACACGCACACGCAGCCCACGCACUGAAAUAGCACCCAGGAGGAGGUCGUUGCGAUGCCGAGCGGACAGCGGCGUCUCUAACCCGGGAGAGUCGCUCCUCUUCUCCGCCUCGCAGUUGUGCGUGUGUGCGGCAACGGAACCGGAUGAUCGCCACCGGACCGGACCCGUUCACGUUGACCAGCCCGCGCGGAGCCUGAGGCCGAAGGAUGCAGGUUAAAAAUCAGAUCUGCACCGAGCGGAUGAGCACCGACGACCCGGAGCAGGACGACAUUAGCCAGAAGAAGACUUCAUGUUUUUCCAACAUCAAGAUCUUCCUGGUGUCGGAAUGCGCGCUCAUGUUGGCUCAGGGUACCGUCGGCGCCUAUCUGGUGAGUGUUCUGACCACUCUGGAGAGACGCUUCAACCUCCAGAGCGCCGACGUGGGCGUCAUUGCCAGCAGCUUCGAAAUCGGCAACCUAGCCCUCAUCCUCUUUGUCAGCUACUUUGGCGCCAAAGCACACCGGCCACGCCUGAUCGGCUGCGGUGGCAUCGUCAUGGCGCUGGGGGCGCUGCUGUCGGCCCUGCCUGAGUUCCUGACUCACCAGUACGAGUACGAGGCUGGCGACUCGUGGCACGCCGAGGAUGGCAGAGACGUCUGCUCCAACACCACCAGGUCCGACAACAAAGACUCGGCAUAUAAAUGCGGCGACCGAGCCAACACCAACAUGAUGUACCUGCUGCUAAUUGGAGCCCAGGUUCUGCUGGGUAUCGGGGCCACACCUGUCCAACCUCUGGGAGUGUCCUACAUUGAUGAUCAUGUCCACAGGAAGGACUCGUCAUUGUAUAUAGGAAUUUUAUUUUCAACGUUAGUGUUUGGGCCAGCUUGUGGCUUCAUCUUAGGUUCCGUCUGUACCAAAGUCUACGUUGACGCCGUCUUCAUCGACACCAGUAAGCUGGACAUCACUCCAGAAGACCCUCGCUGGAUCGGGGCCUGGUGGGGCGGCUUCCUCCUCUGCGGUGCCUUACUCUUCCUGUCGGCCCUGUUGAUGUUCGGCUUCCCUCAGGCCCUGGACGAGCAGACUCUCGACGGCGCUGCGGAGAGCGAGCAGGCCAUGCUGCCGUCGCCCCUCAGCCUGGACUACCAGGCCUCCAAACCCAAAGUGGGCAUCCAUGGCUUCGACCUGAAUAGUGGGCUCUCUGUGUGUGAGCACCUGAGAGUCAUCCCCCGGGUGACCAGACACCUGCUGUCCAAUCCCGUGUUCAGCUGCAUUACGCUGGCCGCCUGCAUGGAGAUCGCCGUGGUGGCUGGCUUUGCCGCCUUCCUUGGCAAAUACCUGGAGCAGCAGUUCAACCUCACCACUUCCUCAGCCAAUCAGCUGCUAGGAAUGACGGCCAUCCCUUGCGCCUGUCUGGGGAUCUUCCUCGGGGGGCUGCUGGUGAAGAAGCUCAACCUGUCGGCCCUUGGCGCCGUCCGCAUGGCCAUGUUGGUCAACCUGGUGUCCACCGCAUGCUACGUCUCUUUCCUCUUCCUGGGCUGUGACACCGGGCCGGUUGCCGGGGUGACGGUCGCCUACAGCAACGAGACGCUGCAAUCCUGGCAGCGGCCCGAGUCGCCUUGCAUCAGCAGCUGCAACUGCUACACGGCCUCCGUGAGCCCCGUGUGCGGCUCCAACGGCGUCACCUACCUCUCGGCCUGCUUCGCCGGCUGCACCAAAGCGAACCUGACGGGGUGCACGUGCAUAUCCAGCACCAGUGAGGAGGGGGUGGCUCUACCGGGCAAGUGUCCCAGUCCAGGCUGCCAGCAGGCCUUCCUUACCUUCCUGUGUGUCAUCUGCCUGUGCAGCAUGAUUGGCGCCAUGGCCCAGACACCCUCUGUCAUCAUCCUCAUCAGAACCGUGAGUCCAGAUCUGAAGUCCUACGCCCUGGGGGUCCUAUUCCUGCUCCUGAGGCUAAUUGGCUUCAUUCCCCCACCCCUCAUCUUCGGCAUGGGCAUCGACUCCACCUGCCUGUUCUGGAGCUCGGUGUGCGGCGAGAAGGGGGCGUGCAUGUUGUACGACAACGUGGCCUACAGGCACCUGUACGUCAGCAUCGCCAUCGCGCUCAAGUCAUCGGCCUUUGUCCUCUACGCCACCACAUGGCAGUGCCUGAGGAAGAACUACAGGAAGUACAUCAAGAACAGUGAGGGUUACCUCACACCCACCGAGCUCUUCUCCUCCAACGUGACUCUGGACAACCUGGGCAAGGACUUGGCCCACAGCCCCGUCUCCAGGACCAAGUACGUGUACAACCUGGACGACCAGGAGAUGUGCGACAACGUGGAGUCGGUGUUAUAGUGGCGGCCGUCGCCGUCACGAGGCGCGGGAGAGGUUAGUUUCUCUCUGUCACUCAGAGCUUCAUCUUACUCUCGGCUCGUGUAGGUUUUAUUUUUUACUGAAUGAUGGACUUACUUGAAUUUGAUUCUGUCGGAUCUGCAUUCACCUGAUAUUUCAUCUUGGAGAAUAAUAAUCAUACUCAUCCAUACUGUCAGUAGAUCCCCGCAAUUCAAUCAGUAUUUGUGGUUUUCGCAGGGGGGGAAAAAAGAAUGCACACCCAUAAAAAUCCCUAAAAAUGCCUAUUUUUGAUAUGAUAAGCUUCUCACACAUAUUUUACACAGGCAUACAGUAUAAAACCUGCACAAUAUCACUUCUUGUCAAAGCAUCUUCCUACUGGGAAAUCUUGAACUGACUUGUGAGACAUUGCGCUCUUUCUGAUUUGUAGGUGCAGCACCCCCCCCCCCCCCCCCCCCCCCCCCUGCUUUCUAAUGAAGGUACUUUUUAAAAAAGUUCUUUCGAAGUUUAAGGAGAGAAAAUAAAUUUUCCGGAUAUGCGGGUUGGUGCAAUGCCGAAAUGCGACUAGACGGGGAUCUACUGUAUCAUCAAAAUCAUCCAAUAAUCUUCUGUCUUUGAAUGUGAAAAUGUUGACAUUAUGAGGCAAAUAGUUAGUUUCGAACUCCAAACCACAAUCACCUGUCCACCAGUUGGUAUCGCUGUAGUGAGAUGUCUCAUAGACAAUUUGACAAACAGAAACAACUGAACUGUAUUCUCUUUAAAAAAAAAAACAAAGAAAUAUGUUUUGCACCAGUGAGACUACAGUGGAACCUCUAAAGUUGAACACAAGAAUGUUGGUUCAACUCCGGUUUGAUCGUAGAAUGAUUCUGUUCCGAUGUCCUGCUAUGGCCAUCAUAGAAGCUUUACUAAGUGUGCAGGCCAUGUUUCACCUCCGACUAACUUUGGACCGCACUGUGGGCUCGUGGCUUGCAGGAGAUCAAGGGUUUGAGUCUCCAAAUCUCCAUGUGGAGUUGGCAUGUUCUUCCCGUGCUUGUGUGGGUUUUCUCUGAGUGCUCCGGAUUCCUCCCUCAUCUCUAAAACACCUCAGGCUAAUUGUAGCGCAUCUAAGUUGUCCAUGGAUGUGACUGUGAGUGUGAAUGUUUGUUUAUAUAACGGUUCAUUUUUGUUAAUAAUUCGUUCCAUAAGAUUUGAUUUUAUGGAGAAUAAAUCAUUUUUCAUGCAGGAAACAAUAUGAAAUAAUUAUAAAUCCUGGAAAGAUUGAAUUCAGUAGUGUUCCUUACCGUCUUUAUCGAAUCGCGAGUACUACUAAAAUAAUUAUCUUUGGCCCCGUGGCUUGUUAUUUAGCAGUCAUGCACGGAUGCACCGACACUGGUUUUCGUUUUGUUACAUUGGAAUACCUCACAAGUUAGAAAUUAAAGUUCCACAUGUCCAACAGGGAGUAGAAAGGACCAUUAAUCCUACCUCUCCGUUUCACAUCAUUUCUUAAUACGUUUAUUCACUUCCUGUAUUCAACAUGUACCCUUUACCAAUCUUAAAUAAUGUAGUAAACGCUAGGCAGUAUAACAAUGUAUUACAAUAAUAGUUAAGGCUGGUAAAUCAAUAGAAAUUAAUUGUAUAACAUUCAUAAUCAAUAACAAUAAGCGUAGGGUGCAGCACAAAGUAAACGGACUAGUUUGUUUUACGUGCAAUAUUGUACCAAAACUUGGACAGUGUACAAACACUGGCAACAUUUUGACAAAAACCUAAGCCACAAAGUCAUCUGGGAUAGGCUCCAUCUCACCCGUCACCCUGACGACGACACACACUAAAUGCAAUGAACGAAUGAAUGUUAGCUUUGCCAGCAUGUGAGGACGAGUUUUUACUGCUUUGAAUGUGAGUCACUUCCCUUCUUGUCUGUAUCGUUCGUCUGUAUUCAAAGAAAAAGCAAAACGUGCACUUUAUCCUUUGAUGCUCGCUGAAUGCAACGCUGUUGUCAAGCAUGAUGGCAGUUUGAAGUCUUGUUUGUCUUUCUCUGACCGUGGUCUCAUCCUACGACAUCUGGGGUGCUCCACUUUUGAGGUUCCACUUUGUAUUCCCGACUGGAAUGGUUCUGUGUGAUUAGUAGGGGUGUAACGGUAUGUCGUAAUCGUGGUUCGGUAUGUAUGUCUGUUUGAAGGUCACGGUUUGGUUCAUUUUGCAAAAUGCAAAACCUAAAACUACUCCGCUUUGUGUGAACAACGUUGAAUCAUUUUAGAAAUCUGACAUCAUUAACAGCUAGCACAGGGGUGGGCAAACUUUUUGACUGGCGGGCCGCAUUGAUUUAACAAAAUUGACGAGGGGCCAGACUCGAUAUUUUACACGUAAGAGGCCACCUGGAAUGAUCGAAUGAUUACAAAUUUCCCCACUGAGGGACAAAUAAAGGCAUAUCUUAAAAUAUCUUAAUUGUAUCUGUAAAAGUGUUAUUAUUAUUAUUAUUAUUAUUAUUAUUAUUAUUAUAUGCUUGUGUCCCUUUUUUCAAGAGCACUUUGUAAAUAACAGACCACAUCAAAUAACGAAAUUAUUGUAUCUGUAAAAGUGUCAUGCAAUCUGCUAUAUGUGCACUUUGAGAUCAUUUAUUUGAUGUAAAGUGUGUUAUAAAUUUAUAAUAAGAAUAAUUUUUUAUUAUGUUAUAUUAUUAUUAUUUGUUAUUAUUAUUAUUAUUAUGUGCCUGUGUCCCUUUUUUCAGGAGCACUUUGUAAAUAACAGACCGCAUCAAAUAACGAAAUUAUUGUAAUCUGCUAUGUGUACACUUUAAGAUAAUUUAUUUGAUGUAAAGUGCGUUAUAAAUUUAUAAUAAUAAG